CUGGGGUUGACUUCUUGAAAGUGAGGGAUUCACUUCGGAACUUCCUCACAUCAUGUCCAGCGGGUGGAAGUGCAUUGCGCAGCCGUCGAACGGUGCCAUCACCGCCGUCCAGCUCAACAAGGACGACGAAGUGCAGUGUCUGGGCUUCAACAGCCACGACUGCGUGUACUUCCACACGAUGGAAGAUUGCCACAGCAACUUGAACCCAUCGGAGACGCCCAAGCCGCUAGUGUGCGGCGGCAUGCACAAGAACGUGUGGGGACACACCGGGUACGAAUCUGCAAGUCACUGGUGCUCUGCGGGUCGCCAUCACUUGGGCAACUUGCCCGCUACGUCGUUCUUGGCCACGGUGGAAGCCAAGAAGGUCGAAGUCGGCAUGGGGGCGUUGGCCACAUGCCUUUUCGCGUUCAUGGCGCUCGUCGUGGUCCGUAAGUACAAGAAGUCGGGCUACCAACUCGUCAAGUAAACUGAAAUACACUAUCAUGCUAUCUGUACGAA